CGGGAGGAAAUCGUUGAAUCGCAAAGAUGUUUCCGGUCUCUCGUAAACGUAUAUGAAAUCAUAAACGUGGAAAACAAUCUGGGAGACAAAUCUCUGCGCUGAGCCCAAUUGCACAAACGUAAAGCGACAAACGGGAAGCCGAGUGGCUCCGAGUUUCCGCUGCUCCGAAUUUGAAUUUGGCGCGGGAGUCCGUCGUCGGGUCCCGGUUCCGGUGGUGCCCGUCGCUUCCGCCGCGCGUGACUUCGUGCCCGACAGUGCCGACACACUCGCCGCGACGACCAGCUGCGCAGCUCUCUCGCUGCUUCGGGGACAACUUCAGAUGCUUCCGAGCCACGGAACGGGACGGACGCGCGCGUUUGUUGGUGUCGAGUCGUGAGUCCGCGCGGUAUCGUGUUCCUUUUUCCCCUCCUUCGCCCCACCUCCCUUUGCUCCGAGAAAAGAGACUGACACCCCGGCUGCGGUAAGGGUAGACACCCCGCGAAUACAUUCGAUUGAGUAACUCGCGCGCGCUUCGAGGCCCACCUUCAAUCGUUCGUCGUUCCUCUCGUCGUCGUCUUCGUCGUUUUUUUUCCUCCUCCCUCCUUUCCCCCCCACCCUCCUCCCUCAUGCGUCGUCCGAGCACGCGGUCGAGCACGCGCCGACCCGAGAUGCGCCACCAGGUAUUUAUGUAGUACCGACCACUGCCGCCUUCGAGCGUCGCACACCCGCCACCCCCGUCGCAUCGGAAGGGAGGAAACAACCACCCCGGCAUCUCCCGAGGAAGACUCGUCGCCGUCGUCCCCGUCGUCGCCGUCGCCGUCGCCGUCGGGCAGCGUGAGUGAGAAGGCGAGGAAGAAGGCGAGAGAGAUAUUCCGAUUCCGGAUUCGGGAACGGAAGUGGAGCCGACGACGAUGGAUCAGAAACGCGUGUACAAGUUGGUGCUGACCGGAGGACCAUGCGGCGGCAAGACAACCGGGCAGGCCAGGCUGUGCACCUUCUUCGAGAACAUGGGCUGGAAGGUGUUCCGUGUCCCCGAGACAGCGACCGUGCUGCUCAGUGGCGGCAUCAAGUUUACAGACCUGAACGCGGAGGAGGCAUUCAAAUUUCAGGAAAAUCUUUUGCGCACGAUGAUACAAAUCGAGAACACGUUCUUUCAACUGGGUGAGAGCUGUUCGAGGAAUUGCCUGAUCAUCUGUGAUCGCGGUGCUAUGGACGCCUCCGCCUUUAUUUCGAAAGAUAAAUGGGAGCUCAUGAUGGCCUCGAACGGAUGGAACAACGUCGAACUAAGAGACAACAGAUAUAACCAGAUCCUCCACAUGGUUUCGGCCGCGAACGGCGCUGAAGAGUUCUACUCGACGGAGGAACACGCGUGUCGCUCCGAGGGUGUCGAACUUGCUCGGGAGCUGGAUUAUAAGGCCGCGGCUUCCUGGGUGGGCCACCCAUACUUCGACGUUAUCGACAACUCGCAGGAUUUCGAGUCUAAGAUCUGCCGGAUGAUCGAGUGCGUGUGCCAGAAACUGGGCAUCGACACCGGCGACCGGUUGCGCGCCAGCAGUCGCAAGGUCAAGUUCCUCGUGAAGGCGCCGCUGCCGGCGGACAGCGAGUUCCCGCCUUUCCAGGACUUCGACGUCGUGCAUAAUUACCUCCAAAGCAACAAUCCCAAGAUGCAGGCCCGUCUACGCAAGCGCGGCCAGAAAGGUCACUGGUCAUAUAUCCACACGAUUCGCCGACCGAAGAUGUGCGGCCAAGUGAUCGAGGUGAAGACCCAACUGACGCACCGAGACUACCUGAACAUGUUGGCCCAGCGCGACGAUUCGCACUUCACUAUUUUCAAGCGUCGCCGUUGCUUUCUCAUCAACAAUCAGUAUUUCCAGUUAGACAUAUACAGAGAACCGGCGCAUCCCAGAUGUCGAGGCUUGAUGUUGCUCGAGACCUACACGGCGUUGACGGGUGACGAGCUGAAAAACAUUCUGCCUCAAUUCCUGACGAUUGAGAAGGAGGUCACCGGCAAUCCGGAUUAUAGCAUGUUCAAUCUCAGCUUACGCGAAGAAUGGAAUAGCACCAAUAAAUAUUGCCACGGCAUCAUGCAAUUGGCAGAGAGUCAAAGUGCCCCGAUCUCGAAGAGUCUAACGACCGAAGUGCAAAGUAACGGACUCGAUUUCAAAACCAGCAGCGCAUUGGGUUCGAUUACAAACCGUCAGCAAGCGAUCGUCAAGAAGAGCAUCCAAAACGGUCUGACGAACGGUAAAGCGACAUUCGCCGAGCGAUGUAACAUGAACGGCGACGGCCAAAAGCUGGAAGUGCGCAAUUCGACCAUGAGGCCGGAGGAGAGUUUGCGAGAGUUAAAGGUCGAUAAACCGCAAAAGAACGGAUUUGAUUAAUAGAUUCUAAUGCGGAAAAUUGAGUAACAGUAAAGUCUUUUUAAUAAUAAGCGAUUCGCGAAUAUUCCGAGCUGUAGCACAGGGACUUAACGUUAUCAGUGUCGGCGCGAAUUAUCUGAAUUAAUAUUGAAUGAACUACUAGUGCGAUAGUCUUCUAUAUAAAAUUUCACAGAUAAUAUCUAUUUUUUAAUCAAACUUGCGUGUCGUACUUAAGGAACUUUCAUGAAAGGUCUUACGGUCAGUUUCGUCAACGUCGAUUAAACUUGGAUCAGAAUCAAGAGAUCCAGUGUAAAUCUUUCGAAAAUUUACGACGAAAUUUCAGAAAGUCUCAAGAUAUCUAAAAAAUUUUUGAAUAAUACAUUUGUCAUUCUCUCAACAUUUUCUUACAAUUUUAAAAAAUUCCUAAAAUUUUAAAUGAAGAAAUAUUUGGAGGGAAAUGUCGAUUAUAUAUACAUAUAUAUAUAUAAAAUUGUCACUUUCGUCAAAUGCUUGUGUGAUAUUUAAUAUCGAUUUCUGGUAAAAAUUAAGUUUUACCAGAUUCACCGUAACUUAUUAUCACUUCUUUUUAAAUUUCCGCAUGAAAGAAGAGAAGAAUGAGCCAAAGAGAUAAGUUAGAGAUGAAUUGAACAAGAGCUAAAGUUACGCGACAUUGAUGAAACGAGGUCCUAGCAUGUUUUCAAUACAGCUUCAUUAAAUGAGCGAUGUGCAUUGAUGCAUCAAGUGUUUGUACUUCACUUUACUUUAGUCCAGUUUUACUCUUUAUACGCCUCAAGUAUUGUCUAACAACCAUCGAAAGCUCGAAAGAACGAUUGUGAUAGAGAAAUGCGCGUAUCGUAUUGCGAGAAAUCGACGUUUGGAAACGUGAUUUUCUCAAGAAGAAAGAGAAAUAUCGACGCAUUUUAAGACAGCAACGUUAUCGGGCCACACACCGUAAGAAACGGUUGAAAAAUUCUCUUGAGACUAUCGCAAAAUCUUUUGGGAAUCUUUAAGGAAUUCAAAUGUGUUAAAUAUCUCUGUAAUGUACUUAAUGUCAAAAAAAAGAUCACAAAAGACGUUAAAAAUUUAUGUUCCAACGAUAUUGUAGUAUUUUGCGAUACAUAGGUGAUACAGUAAUGCAAUAUCGAAGUUACAGGUUUUAAAGUGAGCUAUCAGAUCUCUAGCACUUGUAUACAUUUCUAUGUAUAUCAGAAAAAAAUUUGAUAUUAAAAUAUUUCGUAAAAUCCUUGAAGCACGAAUUUUACGCAGAUAUACAAUCAUGUGAUUGUUUUUUAUUUUUUAAUUAAUACCGGAUAUUGUAAAUUUGAAAAAUGCUUGGAAAUUUGCUUGAUCGCGAAAUAAUAGUUUAUGUAAUUGGAGAAAAGAAUUGAAACCUGUAUAACUUUUUAAUGAUGUUAUUAGUCGAACUAUUGCUUUUAAAGAUUUCUAAUAUAUAUAUUUAUAUCUCUUUUUAUCUUUUGAAAAUUAAACUUUUUCAGAUUUCAAUUUUUAUAGGACAAUUGAAUUGUAAAAAGUUCCUGACUUUAAGGAUUGAAGA